UGUUCGGGAAUAUGAAUCAAGAAAUUUUGAGAAAAACCAUUUGGAAGCCUGGUCACUAGUGCAUCCAUGGCCUUUUAUAGAUAAAGUAUUUGAAAAUCUAGGAGUAGAAGCAAUAAGAGGUGAGUCUUCCAGCCUGGCAUCCUCCUUGAGAAAAAAUGAGCAUCGUACAAUAGCAGCUAUAGACCCAUUAAAAAGAAAGUAUAUGGGGAGGAGAGGUGACCUUUUAAUAAGAAAAAAAUUGACUGAAUAUGGAUGUGGGGAGGUUGGAAAAUUUUAUGAGGGUAAAAAUGGCACCAAGAUUAUAAAAGAAAGAGGUUUGAAGCUUCCCAAAAUGUUAAAAGAUAUAUUUAAUAACUUGACCUCUGUUGUUGACUUUGAAGAAAAAAAGAUAAGAAAAUUAGAAACAAUUGGAUUCAUCUGCUCAGGCCUUUAUAUGUCAGUAUUACGAUUAGAUACCCCUACAGGAUAUACUUGUAGGAUAAACCACAGUCCAACUAUGGAGAUUCCUACAGAAAUAAACCAGUUUGGAAGGAAGGUACUUCCAACUGUAGCAUUGGUCUGGAAAACUAAACAAAUUGUAAAAAAUGUGAUUAAUAUCACAGAACAAAAUAAUGAUGAUGAUAAUUUUAUUCAAACUCUUCAAAAUUCUUGUGAUUUUUAUGAAAAUGAUGAAAAAUUGGAGAUUCCGUCAUGCCUUCAAUCACCUCAAAUGCCAAGCAAAUCCAGCAAAAGAUUAAAGAAACAUCAUG